UGACGUAUAAGUGUCGUAGGGAAUUUACGCAAUGUUUCUAAUAUGUCAUAAAAGCAAGAAUUCGUAAACCUUUCUUAUAAAAUAGUGAAUAGUGCAAGCAACAAAAUAGAUAUAACUUAGGACUUUGGCUACUUCUUAUGACAAUACUCAAGUGACAUGUAUGAAUCACUGAUUGACGUUUAUUGUCAUCGAUGAUCACAUGUAAAAUAACCCCUAUGGAAAAUAUAAACAGUAUUUCCAUAAAAGGGGUGAACACAUGUAUGCAAUUUAGAAGCUGUCAACAAAUGUGAGCAUUUUUUUAAUGAAAAAUGCUUUUUUAAAUAAUUUAUUGCAUCUUUCCAGAAUCUUGCACUUUCGAAAAAUGAAGAACACAAUGUUUAACCUUAAGCGAAAUUAUUUUUGACAGGAAGUAGGAUACAAAUUUUAAUAAUACCAAAAUUUUAUAGGAUGAUGCGGUUGAACUUCAAGACAAUAUUGCUUGUAAUAUUAGUUGCAGUGUUAAGUUCAUUAUUAACAUCGUGGAAUAAUUGUGGUAGCCUCCAAUUUUUUAGAAGUACAGAAUGGAAGGCAAAAUUUCAACACAGAGAUCGACAAAAUCUAGAGACUGGAUAUCAAGAAAUAGAUUGUCACAUAAAUGGUGAUUAUAAUAUUGGAUGUCGUAAAGAAGGGGAUGAAGUGUAUAUACCAUUCUCAUUCAUACACAAAUAUUUUGAAAUCUAUGGAAAGUUAGCAACUUAUGAUGGUUUGGAGAGGUUCGAAUGGUUGCACAGUUAUUCAAAAAUUGUUAAUCCCAAGGGAAAAUAUGAUCCUCGUGGUGUGUUUAUGACUUUUGAAAACUACAAUGUUGAAGUUCGAGAACGUGUAAAAUGCAUCAGUGGAAAUGAUGGUGUACCGAUAUCAACUCAGUGGAAGAGUCAAGGAUAUUAUUAUCCAACUCAAAUUGCUCAAUUUGGACUAUCCCACUACAGUAAAAAUUUAACAGAGCCAGAACCUCGUAAAAAGAUUAUCGAAGAUUCUGAUAAAGUUAAAAGAGAAUGGAUCAUUCCUCAGGGAUCUAUUGUAUCUAGGAUAUUUGAUAAGCAUGCUAACAGUCAUGUAAUGAAAUUUGCUACACCAGAAACUAGUACUUCUGGAAUAACUUUGAAGUUAGAUCAUGUACUAGAUUUUGUAUUAAAAUGGGACUUUAAUAUUAAAGACAAUGGAAGCAUUGUAAUUACACUACAGUCUAGAGAAAGAAAAGAAAUGCAUUAUCUUCACUAUAUUACUAGUAAUAUAGUGUUGCAUACUUACAACAACCAUGUCUAUUAUGGAAUUGGCCAAAUUAAUCAUCAAUGGAGAAGGUUUACUAGAGACUUAGUUAUCGAUUUACAAAAAGGUUUAUAUUUAAAUGAUAAAAAUAAGAAAAAAUUGACUCGAUCAAAAUUGAAGAUGAUAAGAAUAACUUUAUAUGGAUCUGGAAUGAUUGACAAUAUAACACUAUCUUCAAGUGAACAUAUGGAGCAGUUUUACGAUGCAGCAAGAUGGUUUGUAGCCAAUCAGAAUAUUACUUCUGGUGGAUGGGCAAAUCCCGUUAGAAGAAAAGUAGCGCCCGGAAUGGCUACUCUCGAGCCUGGAUGGUAUUCUAGUAUGGGUCAAGGGCAUGCUAUUUCUGUAUUAGCGCGAGCAUAUUAUCAUUCCAGCGAAGAGCAGUAUCUUCAAGCUGCUAUUAGAGGUUUGCAGCCUUUUAGGUUAACCUCUAAUAAAGGUGGAGUAGCUGCAGUAUUUUUAGGUAAAUACGUAUGGUAUGAAGAAUAUCCUACAACGCCUUCUUCUUUUGUACUUAAUGGUUUUAUUUAUUCUCUAAUUGGUUUGUAUGACUUAAAGAGUAUAGCGACAGGUAAAGAUGCGGAAGAAGCAUCCCGUCUUUUUAAUCAGGGUAUGACUUCGCUGAAAAACAUGUUAACUUUAUACGAUACAGGCUCCGGUACUACGUAUGAUUUACGUCAUUUUACAUUAAAAACAGCCCCAAAUUUAGCUAGAUGGGAUUAUCAUUCUACGCAUGUCAAUCAGCUUCUUCUUUUAAAUUCAAUUGAUACCGAUCCAAUCUUUACCGCGACUGCAGAAAGAUGGAUUGGUUACAUGAAUGGUAAGAGAGCACCACACAAUUAAUUUGUUAACUUUAACGAUUGACUGAUCUCUGCAUUUACUUCCUCAUUUUUUGUCGAUAAGUAUUUAAUAUCUCUUUCUUCCUUUUCCAUUUUGUAUUGUACGUUUUGUAAAUAAUUUCAAAUACAUAAAAAAUAAAGCGGACCAAAAUAUAUUUAUCUGCUGGUGUAAUCAUUGUUACACGAAAGCAGUGACAGGAAAAAUUGUAACAUUUAUUUUUAAGUCAUUGUUCAUUUGUGUUUGUAAAACACGUAAUAACAAACAAGGAAACUUCAAAACGCACAUCGUAAAAUAUAUGUUCAGUCAUUAUCAUAGCAAAACGAAGUUCAGUAUUCUGUGAUUAACCAGUAAUUAAAUGUUAUUGUUAUGUGUAAUUGUUACCUUAAAAACAAUUUGUUUAACUUAAUUAAAAACCAUAAAAAGUAAAACUAUUUAUUAUUACCGAUUUAAUGUUUAUAUCGAAAGGAGAAUGAUACAUAGCCGUUACUUAAUUCAUAAAAGAUUCAAAAGUUAUUGUAUAAAAGAUGAGAAGGGUGAAAAUAAAAAUUAAUAAAAUGAUUUAUUUAAAACUUGGGCAUUUUCACACCGAUGGCGCCACUAGCAUUAUGUAUAGUAGAAUGGUUUAAUAUUAAUAAUAUCAACUAUUACAUUCAUUUAAUAAGAUUAUUUGUUAAAGAAUUUGUAGUAUUAGCUAAUAAACCACGAUUAUGUAUUAAUUCCA